AACACAGGGCCCAGAUAAAUGCAACGCAACAACGACCACCAACGGUCAUUCCAAGAAUACAUCUCGCCUGCCCCUCUCUCGUUCUACACGCUCGUUUGACUUCUAUAAUCUAUUUAUGUUCUAGUUGCAACGUGUUUAAUACUUCCCACUCCUACAAGUCGAAUCCCUUGCUAUCAAGCACACGAGCUAUGUACUAAGGAAUUGACAUUGAUGAUCGACGGAACGAUUGACUUCAAUCUCCCUCGUCUAAAUUCUUCGAUUCUCUUUCCUCCUUUCUACCACAACCAAAAUGCCCGCCAUACGCCGCUGGCGAGCGUUCGCGCUGGCAAUCAUCUUCGCCAUCACCUCCCUCUACUACCUAACCCACGAACGCAACGUCUGGAACUACGGCUACACGCCCUACAUCCCCGUACCCAAAACCUUCCUCGCAGACGGUAAAGUCCAUUGGAAGAAGCUCCCCGACCGAUACCCUGUCACCUCAUUCAUCUCCCUCCCCACUGGCCAUCCAGUCAAGAUCCCCGCCGUACAAGCGCCCCCUCCUGUGGAAGGCGCAAAGGCGAAGGAGACAAGAGUGCAGAGAAGGGCGGCGGUGAAGGAGACCUUUGUGCAUAGCUGGACGGGAUAUAAAGAACAUGCGUGGCUACGCGAUGAAGUUGCGCCGCUGUCGGGGGCGUAUAAAGAUACCUUUGGAGGGUGGGCAGCUACUUUGGUGGAUGCGCUGGACACGCUGUGGAUAAUGGGGAUGAAAGAUGAUUUUGAGAUUGCGGUUAAUGCGGUGCAGGAGAUUGAUUUCUCUACCACGGAGACGGAUACGGUCAAUGUGUUUGAGACGACGAUUAGGUAUAUGGGUGGGUUUCUGGCGGCGUAUGAUAUUAGUGGGGGCAAGUAUCCGGUAUUGUUGGGGAAGGCGGUUGAGGUGGGGGAGUUGUUGAUGAGUUGUUUUGAUACGCCGAAUAGGAUGCCGAUUAGUAGAUGGGAUUGGCAGAAGUAUGCCAAAGGAAAUGCUCAAAAAGCGCCCGACAGAAUGCUCGUUUCUGAGUUAGGAUCUUUGAGUCUGGAGUUUACAAGACUUUCUCAAUUGACAGGAGAUAUGAAGUACUACGACGCUGUACAGAGGAUAGGUGACGAAUUCGAGAAAGCUCAAAAUGGAACCAAGCUGCCUGGUCUCUGGCCCGUCAGCAUUGACGCUUUCAAGCCCUCGUUCGCCGAAGACAACUUCUUCACACUAGGAGGCAUGUCAGACUCCUUAUACGAGUAUUUACCCAAACAGUAUCUCCUCCUCGGCGGACGACUCGCUCAACCAAAAACUCUCUAUCAAAACUUCAUCGACGUAGCAAAAGAACACAUGUUUUUCAGAGUCUACAACCCUAAAAAUGCCAAACUCACCUUCUCGGGCGACGUGCGCGUGUCCAAUGGCGACAUAACCAUGUUCCCCCGCGGCCAGCACCUGACCUGCUUCACAGGUGGCAUGGUCGGCCUCGCAUCCAAGAUCUUCUCCCGACCAGACGACCUCGCCGUCGCAGAAGAACUCACACAUGGCUGUAUCUGGGCCUACGACAGUUGUGCGAAUGGUAUCGCCCCAGAGAUCUUCACCGUCAUGCCAUGUCCCAAAGAUAAAACCAAAGAAUGUACUUGGAGUGAACAAGUUUGGCAUGAUGCCUUGAACUCGAAUUAUCCUCUCCCGAGCUCGACAUCGGCUGCUGAGAAUGAGAAGCUGCUUAAUGCACAGACGGUUAUGAAAGAGCGGAGAUUGCCCGGAGGAAUCACGAUGAUUGAUGAUAGACGGUAUAUCCUCCGUCCCGAAGCUAUCGAGUCGGUGUUUUUGAUGUACCGCAUGACGGGCAAAGAAGAGUAUGCCGAGGCGGCGUGGCGGAUGUUCCAAGCUGUAGAGAAGAUCUCGAGGACGAAGAUUGCGGCGGCGGCGAUUAUGGAUGUUACGAUUCCGUUUGAGGGGACGGGGAAGGGUGGUGGAGAGGGAGAGGGAGAGAAUGCGAAGGAGUUGGGGCAGAAAAUGGAUAGUAUGGAGAGCUUUUGGUUGGCGGAGACGUUGAAGUACUUUUAUCUGUGCUUUGAGGAGUGGGAUACGGUUAGUUUGGAUGAGUGGGUUUUGAAUACUGAGGCGCAUCCGAUGAGGAGGCCGCGUUAGGUCAAUUAGCUUGGUUCAGUGAGUUUGGUUAUGUUUAUUGCCAUGGAAUGGAUUUCGGAAAGCAGGGUGUUGGGAUGUAUACUAUAUCUUGGACAGAGGAAGAAGUGGGAGAGUGGACAUGGAGGAGGGAGAGGGUGAGAGAGGUGGGAGAGGAUAUACCCAUACAAUGUUAUGACCGAAUAUUACUGUAUCAUUUUACCGCUUGAAGAACCUG